AUGGAGAAUGAAACCACAAGAACAAGAUUCGACGCUCCCCUAAGAGCAAAAAGCGUCUGCCUAUCUGAACGUCCCCGCUCAAAAUAUGAACGAAAUAUACGCAGUGCCGAUUCAAAUCGCCUAAAUUUCGCCCAAAAACAAUUUAUCCACAAACCAAUUAAACCUAAACCAGCUAGAAAACUAAGUAAUGUACUCGUUAGAGAGCAAAAACGAAAGAUUAUCGAGAAAAAACCAUGCGCAGUUUCCAUUCAGAACUUGUCCAUACCGGUCAGAUAUGGCGACGACUCUAAAACGAACCAUUCAACCUCCAAUCGCAAAACCUACAAUGUAACAUCCGAUAAUAGAUCUUUUAAUCCCAAACAGGUCAAAGACAAGAGGCUGUGCCAGACCAUCGGAGGGAAAGAGACAGAAAACAAGCUGCUACUGCAGAUCAGUGAAGCCGAACAAGUGUCAGACUUUGAAAGGAUUCUUAAUUCUAAUGCAAUACUGUGGAAGCGGACGGCCUCACGAACUCACGGCCACGUGUGGCAGAGGAAUGCCACACAUACUCCAACCUCAUUCACCUCGCGGCCUCGCUCCUCAUAUUCGCUUCGAGCUGUAAGCCAAGCCUAUCACUUUUUAUUCCGUCAACACGAGGAAUCAUUGCAACCUCUUAUAGAUAAAUAUCGCCAAAACAAUCUUAAUGAUCACAAAGAUCCUUCGGCGAGCUUACUAGAUAGCAAUUGGUUCGAAAAUCUUCAGGACCUUUCUGAGUUCUAUGAAGACGAUCCUAUUCUUCAAAGAGAAAUAGAAACAAUUACAGAUCGCAUCAUAACAGAAGAAGUAAAACCAAGUGAAGCGGAGCAGACAACGACACGAAGCCUUUUCAAUGUCAACUUGGCUGAGUUGUUCGGCUUACAUGUGAAUGGGGACGGGGUAUCCCCGACUUAUCGUGAAGAACAAGGUCCAUCUUCAGUGACUGAAAUAAAAGAGCACUGCGACGGGAAGGAAUGGCUGGAUCCGAUUAUGAGCUCGAGCCCCAAUAAUCGGUCUCAUUCAGGGGAGGAUGAUUCGGGCGUUGAUAGUUUAUCGCAAAAUUUGACCGCAGUUCAAAUUGAUUCUGAUACAAAUGUGCCGACAAUAACGUUCAGCAAUUGUUGCGAAGGCCGUUCUCGUGCUGAUAUACCGAACAAUACGAACGUUAUACAUUUAGCCGUGCCCACUAUUGAAGACUCUGAUGAAUCCCGACCACCAAUGAUGUGACCUUCAUUGGUUAUU